AAAGGGCAGCUGGAGUUGCACACUCCACAGAAAGUAUCCCCAACGCUCGAAACCACACUCUUUGUUGCCAUAAACCUUUAGGAAUGCGCGCGCGUUUGUGUGUGUGUGUGUGUGUGUGUGCGUGAAACCGCGCGCGCGCGCUUUGACUUGUAAUGAUCUGGCAGGCGUGUAGAGAAAGUUGCGAACGCUAGUGCUCUACUCGAGGUGUCCCAGAGAAGGAAAGGAGGAAAGGACCAAGAAAAGAAAAGUCGAAUAACUCUUGAAUUCAAGCGGGAAGAUUGGAGAGCACCACAUUUGCGACGAGCAAGGAAAAAAGUGAAGAGGAAAGUUUGGAAAAGUUGAAAAUUUUUCCACAGUGGAAAAACCGCAUUCCGAAACGUGGAACUUAUAUGUGUUCAAGCUUAGAUGUGGAACUAAGGAAUGCGCAGUCACCAUGGAAACACAGUCCCAGGCCAGCUCAACAGCAGAGAAGAAAAAAAGGGUGGAGACAAUUAUGGCAACCAAGAGAUUCUCCCAGAACCGAACUGAGAUCAGUGAGAAGGAUGUGACUUCAAGCACAACAUCCAAAGAAGAUAGCAAUUCUUGUUCUCCAUACCACCGAGAGCGGCGCAAUGUGAUUGGUGGACAACUACCAGUGCCAGGCCAGAGUUCUGUAGCUGCUAAGCUGAGUGAUGAGCCAUCCACCUCCACAGAAAUGCGACCUCUGUUGGUAAAGAAGGAGCUGCACACCUCCCUGCCCUACCCUGAACACACACUCCCUUAUCGGGGGACACUGUUUGCAAUGGACCCUCAAAACAGCUACUUGGACCCUCACUAUACUCCGACUCAGUUCUUCCCUGGAUUCCACCCUCCAGUGCCAGUCGAUGAAAGACACACACAGGGCCGUUACAUCUAUGAGCCCUCUUCAUUGUCACCGCUCCAUGUGCCUCCUGUACUGGCAGGCAGCCCUGCAUUUUCUGAUAUCUCUGUCAUUCGAAUCCCAGCUCACCGGAAUUCCUUAGGCAUUGGAGUGGACUCAUCCUUUAGCCCCCAACACCCUUACAUCAACCCCUACAUGGACUACAUUCGCUCUAUUCACAGCAGCCCCUCUCUUUCAAUGAUCUCUGCAGCUAGGGGACUCAGUCCUGUAGAUGCCCCACACCCUGGUUUGACCACUGCAGAAUACUACCAUCAGAUGGCACUGCUUGCAGGUCACUGUAGCCCCUAUGCUGACAUCAUUCCCUCUACCAUGUCCACCACUGGAGCAGGGACCAGUGCUUUGCCGAUGGAAUACCUCCAGGCUCUGGAAGGUACUCGCUUUCCCAGUCCGAGAUUUCUUGCCCGUCAGAGCAGGAAGCGCCCCCUUCCUGGCUCACCACACUUAGACUCAAGUUUAGAUUUUCAUACAAUGAUCCGGAAAUCACCAAAUUCCCUGAUGAGCAUCCUGAAUAGCUCACGUCCCAGCUCUUCCACCAGUGGAUCAUACGGUCAUCUGUCUGCUGGCACUAUCAGUCCUGCAUUAAGUUUUGCCUACCCUCCCACCCCAGUGGCACUGCAAAUGCAUCAGCAGCUAAUUGGUCGAUCUCCAGGCAUUGUGGGGUCUACUUUUGGCCACAGUCCCCCUCUCAUCCAUACCGGCCCUUCCUGCACUACUCAGAGACCCAUAGCAAGCAUUACCCCCUCAGCAACUGGGCUUACAGAGUGCUCUGCCAGCUCCACUGACUUACAAAAUAAACCCACUAGUGAGUCAGCAGUGACUAGUACAGGAGAUCUUAUGCAUCACAAACGCUCCAAACUCAAGCCUGUUGAUGAGCCUUCCAGCCCUGGAGCAGUUAGUGUGCAGGAUUAUCCAGAUGGAAUGACACUGGUGAAAGAGGAGGAAGAUAAGGAAGAUGGGAAACAGGAGCCAGAGGUAGUAUAUGAGACCAACUGCCACUGGGAGAACUGCUGCAGAGAAUUUGACACCCAGGAACAGCUUGUACAUCAUAUAAAUAAUGACCAUAUCCAUGGAGAGAAGAAGGAGUUUGUGUGUAGAUGGGAGGAUUGCUCUCGAGAACAGAAGCCCUUCAAGGCCCAGUACAUGCUGGUGGUGCAUAUGCGCAGACACACAGGCGAGAAACCACACAAAUGCACGUUUGAGGGCUGUUCCAAGGCCUACUCUCGACUGGAGAACUUGAAGACACACUUGCGCUCUCAUACAGGAGAGAAGCCAUAUGUGUGUGAGCAUGAAGGCUGCAACAAAGCCUUCUCAAAUGCAUCAGACCGUGCCAAACAUCAGAAUCGGACCCAUUCUAAUGAGAAACCCUAUGUAUGCAAGAUACCUGGCUGUACCAAACGCUACACUGACCCCAGCUCUUUGCGCAAACAUGUAAAAACUGUUCAUGGUCCUGAAGCCCAUGUCACUAAGAAACAGCGUGGAGAUGUUUACCCGCGACCUCCAGCCCAUCCUCGUGAAAGGGGAGCCAAUGGACAGGGUCGAUCAUCAAAAUUACAACGGCCAUUUGAAGCAUUUCCUGACCAAAGAGAGUAUAACCAUGCUACCUCAACACAAGAUGAAUGUCUGCAAGUCAAGUCAAUCAAGACAGAGAAGCCCAUGACGUCUCAGCCAAGCCCUGGCAGUCAGUCUUCAUGCAGCAGUGACCAGUCCCCCACCAGCUCCCAUCUCAGCCAUGGAGUCCAGUUUGGCCUUGUAAGAGAGGAGGUGGUGGAGGACCAGAAGUUUGAAGAUGAGGAUGAAGAGAAGCACACUAAGGGAGAAGAGUUGGAUUCCCCCAUCAUGGUCUCUACUGUAUCCACUGCUACAGCCACAGCAGCUACUCUAGCUCUACAACCCUGCAGAAGUCUGGGGCAGCCUAUGCGUUGGAUGGAACAGGUUAAGAUGGAAAGGCUUAGGCAGGUGAAUGGAGGAACAUCAAGGCUGAAAUAUCUGUCACCCACAGCACCCACUGAAGGCAACAGUUUGGCCUCCCUUACAGGGAAAGGCUUGUGUACUGUCAGGAGUACUUGUGGGGGUGCAUCAGUACCUCAGCCUUGUUUACAUCCCGAGCCAUCCAGCACAGAACUGACAUUGUUAAGCCUCCUUCAGGAUCGCCGUCACAGCAGUGGCAGUACCACCAGCUCAGCCUACCUAAGCAGCAGCCGCCGUUCCUCUGGCAUCUCUCCCUGCUUCUCAAGCCGCCGCUCCAGCCAAGCCUCACAGUCUGAGCACCGACAGCACAGGCAGCUGAACAACCUUAGUGCUUCUGACUCUUAUGACCCAAUCUCUACUGAUGCCUCCCGUCGCUCUAGUGAGGCUAGCCAAUAUGGUGGAGGUGGUGGAAAUAGAGGUGUGGGAGGAGGUGAAACGGGAUCAAGAGGUGUGUUGAACUUAACACCAGCACAGCAUUAUCAUCUUAGAGCUACAUAUGCUGCUGCAACAGGUGGGCCCCCGCCAACACCUUUACCUAACACAGAACAAGUAAGCUAUAAAAUUCAAAUGAAUGUGGCAAGGGAUGUGAAAGACACAAACAAGCUCAUAUUGCCAUCACUAGUCAGACCACAUGCCAGUAGUGAUGGUAGUUUUUAUAGCCAAAUCAGUCGCAAUCGAUACAGACAGAGGGAACUAUAUCAUGGGGAAAGCCAUGGCAAAAGUGACAGAAGAGCAAGUGAUCCUCUAAGGCCAAGAGGCCAAAAUAUCCUUGGAAGUUCCCAGAUACAGCGUUUUGGCAGCCAGAAUAACAUAGAACAUUUACAGCCUCUGGUUAGUAAAAAUGUGGUCCAAGGCGAUCUUGUUAAAAGUACAAAUGACAAAAACUACACUAACUUAGAGGGCAAUAUACACAGUGGCCAACUCUUCCCUUUUGCUUCUAGCAUCAUGGAACAUUUAGCACCUGACACUUUAGCUAUUAAACAUGACAGAACUCUCUUAUUUAGCCCUGCUGACACUGACCCUCACUGCACCCAGGACAGAUUUAUAAAUUCCCAAUUUCACAGAAAUAAUUUUGCACAGAAUAGUGAAGAGGUGUAUAAAACCAAGAAUUCUUUACAGCAACAUGGGGCACAUGAUACACAAAGUCUUGGAGAGGAUAGCCUGCCAAUUCAGUGGAAUGAGGUAAGCUCAGGAAGUAUUGAUUGUCAACUUCCUCUGGCGCCACAGAGAUGUGAACAAUGGCCCAACCAAAUUAAUGCAGUAGGGCUCCCAUUUGGUUGCUUUGAAAAUAUGAUUGUACAACAGCAGCUCCCGUCAUCAUUCACAGACCAGCAGCACCCUAAUGAGAGGGAAAGAGUUCAGCAAAUAGAUGAACUUUCCAAUGUACACAGUGACCAAAAUCAGAAAUGCAAAGGGGCAAAUUCAAGCAGAAUGCACCAAGGAGUGUCUGUGGAGACUAUACAACAGAAUUGCAGUGACAAAAGGAGGAACACAAGCACAUUUAAGAUUGGUCAACAAAACUGUCAGAAUGCCAUGGGCCCUAUCUGUCCAAUUAGCUUUCAUCAAGCUAGUCAGUCACAAACUCAACAGCUUCACCAGAGCCUUGAAAUUCCAAGUCCAACAAGUGGAAACCUGUUCCAGCAAGGGAUAGCAAAGUCCAGUUUAUCCAAUGUAUUCCCUCUUCAAGCUCAGUGUGCAGUAUCUAGCCAGUCUGUGGCUCAAGACCUCUCUCAGUCACAACAUUCCACCCAACAGAUCACUAGUAGUAACAAUGCACAAUCCAACCUAAGCUUUGCAAAAAAAAAUACUAACUGCUCACUUGCUAAUCCAAUUGCUAAUCAAAUAGAAAUAGAUAAGCUUCAGCCAAACUCAUGUUCUUCCAUACAGCAACAGAGAAUCUUGGAGCAGUGCUUUGAUAAAGCAAAAUCUUCAGACUUCAGAGCUCAACACUGCCAAAUGGAAACACUUAAAAUUGAACCCUUAAAGGAUUUGUCCCCUGGUGCUGAUCAGGUGACCAGCACAGUAGAAAGCAGCACAGAUUGCAGUGUUUUGCAUAAUUUCGGGAUAAAAUUUUCCUCCAUUUUGGAUGAUAGCCUUGACCAGGGACGUUUGGUUUCAGAUGUUAUUAGUCGUAGUGUUCUUCAUGAUUUAUCACAGACUUCUUCUUGGCAUACUUCACACCUCUCAGCUAUAAUUCAUUGUUUGCCUCCUGGUAAAACCAACAUGGCCAUCGGAGACAUGAACUCUCUCCUGACUACCCUUGCAGAAGAGAACAGGUUUCUUGCCAUUAUGCAGUAGAUUAUGUAUUCCUCUAAUGGAUGAGAAUAGGGGAAAAAUAAUUUACUGGAGUAAUAAAAAAAAUCUGGAUUAAAUGUAUAUGUAUCAGCAUCGUUUGUUAGGAGGAGGUUAUAGAAUAGACCUUCAAUUUGUAUGUCUUAGCCACCUGAAGUGGGGGACUGAGAAAACCAUAUAAAUAAAGUGUAAGUAUAUAAAUAACUAAAACCAUUCAAUUUAUGGAAUAAUUUAAUAUAGAAAAGCCAGUUUUGUAUGUGAUUUGGUUAAAGUAGCACCAUUUCUUUAUAAUGGUAUAUAAUUCCAUUCAAAUAAAUUGUAUUUGUAUAGCACCUUUAACAUUGGAAUUUAAAUUGUCACAAAGCAGCUUUUUUAAAAUAUAAAAAUUCCAAAACUAAAAUUAAAAUUUAUAAAUGUAUCCCUGUACCUAUUUUACAUUUACAUGACUAUUACAAUACAUGAUUAUUUUGUUCAUGAUGAUCCGCAUUGCUUAUUUAUGCAAGCACAAUAUAUUUCAUUUACUAUAGACAGAAACCUUUCUUCUGACAUCAGGUAAAAACAGGUUCAAUGUUCCAUUUAAUAGGCUAUAGUAUUGUAUUUUAAUGUUUUAUAUCUUGCAUUGCUAGUAUUAAAAUGAUUUUCCUGUCCUUAUGUUAUGCUUACAUGUAGACUGCAUAUGUGAAGUACCAUUUCAUUUCCCAAGUGUGGACCAGAGACUCAUGAAUAAUUGUACUACUUUCUUUAACAUGAUUGCAUAUAUGUAUGUGUAUAUAGACUCUUUUCCUAUUUUUAACACUUACUGUGGUCUGUUAGUACUUAUAACAAGCUGUAUGCAUUAUGAAAAAGAACAAUUAAGGAGUUGAAACUAGCCAGCAUCUGUUUUUCACCAAAGUGGAUCAUUUUUAAUAUGAUGGAUAAAAUGUGCCAAUAAAGUAUUAUUGUUGGUGGUAGUAGUAGCAGUAAUUAUUAUAAUUUAAAUAAUCUUUGAAUAUUACCAAAUAUCAUGGUAAUAUUCAUUCUGUUUUUUCUUUUUAAAUAUAUGUUCACAACCAUGGUCACCAAGGUUUUCAUAUGUCAAAUAAAUUCAAUGUGAAUCUGUCGUUGUUUGCCUGUGAAGAAAUUUGAUACAGUGUGGAAAUUAUUUGGCAGUUUUGUAGCAGUAUUAAAAACCUCUAUUUAUGUGUAUCUGCAUAUGUACAGUUUUAUAAGUCAUGUUAUUGGAAAUAGGUAAUGUUUGUAUGUAUGCUGUUAUGUUGUCAAGUGUAACAUUUUCUGGGGAAAGCUUGGGAGGAGGCUAGGGAUGGGCCAAAGGUUAGGGCCUGAUUAGUGCCUACCAAAAUGAAGAGGAACACUGCCAGUCUUUUAUAAGGCAUUAUUACAGAAAGAGUUUGUGUAAAACUCAGCAGAAGACCUACAACUUGGAAGAUGUAAUCACUGAUUCUGGUACAGGUGAGGUGUUAGGUUUAGUGUAAAAGUAAAAACAUUCAAAAUAUUAUAAGAUAUUUUAACACAUUUUUUGCCUUUUUAUACUUGUAAAUACACUAUCCAUAUGUAAACUAUGUAGGAAGGUCUAGGGUUUUAAAUCCACGCAAAGGGGAACCAGGGUGUAUCUAGUCAAGGUGCAUAGCACCACCAGGUUAAUUCAGUUUUUUUUUUUUUAACAAACCACAACAAAUGUUUGUAAGACUUAAAUAAAAAGAAAU